UUGGUUCUUCUAAGUUCAUAACCUUUAGUAAUUGAAUUUCCUUCUUAUUUCCCAUAAAAUAAUAACAAUCUGGGUUUUUAUGUUUCAGUUGAUUGUUUACUGUUUAAAGAACUCAUUCCUACAAGACUAAAUUUUCAGACAGGAAUAAGAAAAACAAAAAUCAUGUUCCAAGGCAAAGCUAACACAUGGUGUUCCACAGUUGUUCUUAUGUUCUUAAUCCUAAUCACAGCUUUCAUUACUGUGUCAGGAAAUUCUCUAAACACAGACAGAGAAAUCCUGUUGAACCUGAAAUCAUUUCUGGAAAACCAAAACCGAGUGAAUCGAGGAAGGUACUCGGGAUGGAAUCGAUGGACUUCAAAUCCAUGUGAGUGGCAUGGAAUCAUGUGCUCCCCUGAUAUGGAGAGGGUUACUGGUAUAAACCUCUCUGACAGCAAAAUUUCUGGGGAAAUGUUCAACAAUUUCUCAGCUUUGACUCAACUUCAUCACCUUGAUUUCUCUAGAAACACACUCAAGGGAUUGAUUCCAGAUGAUUUAAACAGAUGCCAUAACCUUGUCUACCUCAACUUAUCACAUAAUAUUCUUGGAGGUGAGCUCAAGUUGACUGGAUUGGCCAGGUUAGAGAAGCUUGAUUUGUCAACUAACCGGUUUCAUGGGGAAGUUAAGUUUAGUUUCCCUGCAAUUUGCAACAGGUUAGUUGUUGCAAACCUUUCAAUGAACAAUUUCAUUGGUAGAAUUGACACGUUCUUUGAUGGGUGCUUGAAUCUGAUGUAUCUGGACUUAAGCUCCAACAAAUUUACUGGUAAUAUUUGGACUGGUUUUUCAAGGUUAGUGGAGUUUUCAGUUUCUGAAAACCGUGUCAGUGGACUAAUUCCUGCAUCAAGUUUUUCAGACAAUUGUAAUCUGAAAGGCCUGGAUUUAUCAGUAAACAUGUUCCAUGGCGAAAUUCCAAGGGAGAUUUCAAAUUGUAAGAAAUUGGUUAUGUUGAAUCUGUGGGGAAACAAAUUUUCAGGGCCAAUUCCAUCAGAGCUUGGAUCAAUUUCCACCCUUGAAGGCUUACUAUUGGGAAACAACGAGUUUUCUAGAGUGAUUCCAGAAUCUCUAUUGUAUCUGAACAACUUGGCUGUUCUGGAUUUGAGCUACAACAAUUUUGGUGGACGAUUACAAGAGAUUUUUGGUAGAUUCAGACAAUUGAAAUCUCUUGUUCUUCAAGGGAAUUCAUAUAUUGAUGGAUUAAGUUCUUCUGGGAUUCACAAGCUCACAAAUAUUUCAAGACUAGACUUAAGCUACAACAAUUUUUCUGGACAUUUACCAGCUGAAUUCUCUGAAAUGGUAGGUUUGAAGUUCUUAAUCUUAGCCUACAAUCAAUUUACUGGUCCUAUACCACCACAGUAUGGCGACUUGUCACAACUUCAAGUUCUUGAUCUCUCUUUCAAUCGGCUCAUCCGGUCGAUCCCGCCUUCCAUCGGAAGCUUAAGGUCUCUCUUGUGGUUAAUGCUUGCAAACAAUUCACUCACUGGUGAAAUCCCUGGUGAACUUGGAAAUUGCAGUAGCUUAUUGUGGCUAAACCUUGCUAACAAUCAACUUUCCGGAAGAUUCCCACCUGAGUUAGCAAACAUUGGAAGAAAUCCCACUCUAACAUUCGAAUCGAACCGACGAAGUAACGUGAUGAUUGCUGGUCCUAGCGACUGCUUGGUAACCAAGAGGCUGCUAACAAUGGAUUACUCACCUUUUGGUUUUAUAUACACAAUUCUUACCAGGAAGAUUUGCAAAAACGUAUGGGAUCAGUUGCUUCAAGGAUAUGGUUUUUUCCAAGUUUGUGUUAAAGGUUCACCGGUUCGAAAAUAUCGAGUUUCGGGUUAUCUUCAACUAAUUGGCAAUCAACUCACAGGGGAAGUCCCUUCAGAUAUUGGUAAAAUGCAGCAUUUCAGUGUGUUACAUUUGAGUUACAAUCAAUUCAAUGGGGAACUUCCUGUAGAGAUUGGAAAUUUGCCACUUGUGGUACUGAAUAUCUCCUGGAACAAAUUUUCAGGUCAAAUUCCAAGGGAAAUUGGGAACCUGAAUUGUUUACAGAAUCUUGAUCUGUCACACAAUAAUUUCUCAGGCAUAUUCCCAACCAACUUGAAUUGUUUGAAUGAGCUUAGCAAGUUCAACAUUUCAUUCAAUCCUCAGAUUGCUGGUCAAAUUCCUAAUAUUGGGCAAUUAGCAACAUUCGAGGAAGAAUCUUACUUGGGGAAUCCAUUGUUGCACAGUCGACUUCUCAAAUUGCAGGAUCCAACUGUUCCACCAUUAAACUCUGGGAAACAAGCAUUGCCUGGUGAAGAAGAAAGUGAAGAUGGAUUUUGGUGGAAAGCUUUGUUAAUGGAGUAUGGAUGUGGGAUGGCAUUCGGGAUGGUGAUGUUAUGUAUUUGUGUUGUGAAAGUUCAGCCGAAAUGGGUUGUCAACAAAGUUGAAGGCUUGCAUCAAUUAAAGGCAGUUCGGCCAUGGAAGAAGAAUGGUAGCAGAGGUGGUGGAAGGAUUAUAUAGUUAAUGUGAAUGUUAAAGAAAUAGAAAACAAUAUCAAUACUUAAUUUUAUACUUGCAUGUAUUCGUCGUCGUCGUGAAUUUCAAACUCCCACAAUCCUAGUCACUUUUUUCUUAUUGGUUUUGAUACAUCCAAUUAGGCUAAAA